ACUCCCGUCUCAAAAAAAAAAAAAAAAAAAUUAGCCAGGUAUGGUGGUACACAGCUGUAGUCCCAGCUGUUCGGGAGCUGAGGUGGAAGGAAGUCGAGGCUGCAGUGAGCUGAGAUCGCGCCACUGCACUCCAGCUUGGGUGACACAGUGAGAUCCUGUCUUAAACAAAACAAACAAAAACAGCUCAAAUAUCUCCAAGUGUUUUCUAAGUUUUCAUUGAGCACCACUGCAGGUCAGGCUCUGGCCUUGACUUUACAACUGCAGGAGUAGCAGAAACGGGCUGCUCUCAGGGCACUCAGGAUAACAUGGGCGGAGAAAGCUCACUGAUCACGUCCACCUAGGAAGCGAGGGCAUGCUGGAGAAAACCCUGGGAUCUACACGCAUCUGCCAGGCCCAGACUUCAGAGGGGGCACUGCUGGAAAGGCUGGGAGCCUCCCCUCUCACCCUUCCACCCAAACCCACCCCACUUUUGGGAACUUGGCAGGCAGUGAGGAUGAGCCCUUAAUUAUGUGAAUGCCUGAAUGCCCAGUAUGUGUAUUUCACGUACGUUGUUCCACUGGGGCCUCACCCAUUAUCAGGAGACCAGUUCUAUUUUAACCCAGUGCUGAGGCUCUGAGAGGUCAGUAACCAGGCUGAGAGCCCACAACCAGCGAAAGGCAGGGCUGGGAUUCCUGGGCGUCUCACUCUGCCUGGCAAGCACUGGAAGUUCGGUGGAGGAGCGUCCACUGCUCUCUGGUGCCCACAAUUGGCUGUGGAGGAAAUGGGGCCACAAUGACCUGUUCAGACCCAACUCUGAUGGAAGAGUAGGGAUUAGCAAGUGGGGGAGUGAGGGGCCGGGACCUUUUUUUCUUCUUCUUUUUUUCUAGAUGAGGGUCUCUCUCUGUCACCCAGGCUGGAGUGCAGUGGUACAAUCUCAACUCACUGCAACCUCCGCCUCCAGGGUUCAAGCAAUUCUCCUGCCUCAGCCUCCCAAGUAGCUGGGACUACAGGCAUGCACCACCACGCCUGGCUAAUUUUUGUAUUUUUUAGUAGAGACGGGUUUUCGCCAUGUUGGCCAGGCUGGUCUCGAACUCCUGACCUCAAGUGAUCUGCCCGCCUCAGCCUCCCAAAGUGCCAGGAUUACAAGCCUGAGCCACCGCGCCUGGCCUACACCCUUGAAGACCCCACAGCCAAGGUCCUCCGGCCCGCUCUGUACGGCACUCUGGUCUUGGGGCUCCGGACUCUAUCAUCACGAGCAGAGGCCAGUCCAAUCUUGCACCCUUGCCUGGCACCGUCCCUGGAGUCUUGGCGUCCUGGCCUCUCCUCUCUGCGGGCUGGGGGUGGAGUGGCCCAGCCCGAGACAGUGCACAAAGCCGAUGGCGAGUACCAGGUCGGUUUGGCCCCGCUGCUCUUCGAGGCAGCAGCCACCCUGGGGAAGGUGGAUGCCGGAAGGGGCGUCGCCUGCGGGUCACCCAGACGUCACCGGCGGGAAAUUCCGGGGGUGGGAGUGAGGAGAGGUGGGAGAGGCCAGGGCAGAGGGAGGCCCCGCGUGGCUGGGAAGCAUCGCCUGGUUCGGGCCUGACCUUCCAGGGCCGGUGACUCCGCAGAGCAACAGCGCGGGUUCUCAGAGCGCCUCCCCGAGCCACAAUAGAUAGGAGCGCUGGACCGCGGGGGAGAGGCUCGGAGGGCGGCCAGCUCCCAGCAAGGCGGCCUAGCGGGCAGGUGGAAGGCCCGGCCCCUCGCCAGCCCUCCCUGCCCGCUCUCCCUGCGCUGGGGCGCUCCAAGUCCCAGCCCCAAGUCCUAGCGGCUCCCCACUCCAUGACCUCUGGACGCCCCGUUGGGUCCAGACCCGAUAGGCAGGGCGCGAGCGCCCGGGCGGAGGGGCCGCGGGAGCUCAAGCGGGGCUCGGUUCGCGCCCCAGCCGCCGGCCUGCGCUGUUCCUGCAGAUGUCGGGAGCUAUCUUUGGGCCCCCGGAGGGCCCGAGCGCCCUGGACGCCGCCAGCGUCCACCCGCUGGUGUGCCCGCUGUGCCACGUGCAGUACGAGCGCCCGUGUCUUCUGGACUGCUUCCAUGACUUCUGUGCCGGCUGCCUGCGUGGCCUCGCAACCGACGGCCGCCUCACCUGCCCGCUGUGCCAACACCAGACUGUGGUGAAGGGUCCCAGUGGGCUCCCGCCGGUGGACCGGCUGAUGCAGUUCCUGGUGGACAGCUCGGGGGAUGGCCUGGAGGCGGUGCGCUGUGCCAACUGUGACCGCGAGUGCAGCAAGCAGGACGUGGAGACCACGUACUUCUGCAACACGUGCGGACAGCCCCUGUGCGCGCGCUGCCGCGACGAGACGCACCGGGCUCGCAUGUUCGCGCGUCACGACAUCGUGGCCCUGGGCCAGCGAAGCCGCGACGUGCCCCAGAAGUGCACGCUGCACGCAGAGCCCUACCUCCUGUUCUCCACCGACAAGAAGUUGCUGCUGUGCAUCCGCUGCUUCCGCGACAUGCAGAGGGAGAGCCGGGCGCACUGCGUGGACCUGGAAUCGGCUUAUGUGCAGGGCUGCGAGCGGCUGGAGCAGGCGGUGCUGGCCGUGAAGGCCCUGCAGACAGCCACGCGGGAGGCCAUCGCGCUGCUGCAGGCCAUGGUGGAGGAGGUGCGGCACAGCGCGGCCGAGGAGGAGGACGCCAUCCACGCCUUGUUUGGCAGCAUGCAGGACAGACUGGCAGAGAGGAAAAUGCUGCUGCUUGAGGCUGUGCAGAGCCAAUAUGAAGAGAAGGACAAGGCCUUCAAGGAGCAGCUCUCUCACUUGGCCACCUUGCUGCCCACCCUGCAGGUCCAUCUGGUCAUCUGCUCCUCCUUCCUCAGCUUGGCCAACAAGGCUGAGUUCCUGGACCUGGGCUACGAGCUGAUGGAGAGGCUGCAGGGCAUCGUAACACGGCCGCACCGCCUAAGGCCUGCGCAGAGCAGCAAGAUUGCCAGUGACCACCGAGCUGAGUUUGCGCGCUGCCUGGAGCCGCUGCUGCUGCUGGGGCCUCGCCGGGUGGCAGCUGCAGUGGGUGGUGCUAACACGCUGGCAGGGGGCUCAGGCCCCAAGGUGCUGACGGGGCCCCACUGCCCCUCCCCAGUAGGAAAGAUGUCGAGGUCACCUGUCCAAAAGCCCACACUGCACCGAUCCAUGGGCACCAAGGUGCUGCUGGUGGAGGGCGAGAACACGCCCUUCACACGGCACUGCCGCCACUAUGAGGACUCCUACCGGCGCCUGCAGGUGGAGAUGCAGAACCUGAAGGACCAGGUACAGGAGCUGCACCGGGACCUCACCAAGCACCACUCACUCAUCAAGGCAGAGAUCAUGGGAGAUGUCCUGCACAAGUCCCUGCAGCUGGACACACGGAUUGCCUCGGAGCACGCCUCCUUAGAGGGCAUGAGGGUCAUCUUCCAGGAGAUUUGGGAGGAAUCCUAUCAGCGAGUGGCUAAUGAGCAGGAGAUUUAUGAAGCCCAGCUCCACGACCUUCUCCAGCUGAGGCAGGAGAAUGCCUACCUGACCACCAUAACCAGGCAGAUCACGCCCUAUGUCCUCUCCAUUGCCAAGGUGAAGGAGCGGCUGGAGCCCAGGUUUCAAGCACCUGUGGAUGAGCAGUCAGAGAGUCUACAAAACACGCAGGAUGAAAGCAGGAACGGCGUGGCCUUAGCCAGGAAUAAUCCAGGAAGUGUCCCGGAAAAGAGAGAGAAGACAUCAGAGACUAAAGGAAACACCUGGGCUCUGAACAGCCUCUCCGAAGAGCUUCUACCGAAAAACAAGGAUCAUCACAGACCCAAAGAGAAAAAUGGGGGCAACGUCCCCGCACGGAGGGAACACCUGACUUAGCAAGUGGGACGGGUCCCCAAGGUCAGGCUCUUAGAGCAGGCAUAAGACUGGGACACUGGAGAGAAGGUUGUUCCCAUGAUGGUUAUUUUUUUUAAUUUUUUUGAGAUGGAGUUUUACUCUUGUUGCUGUUGCCCAGGCUGGAGUGCAGUGGCACAAUCUCAGCUCACUGUAACCUCCGCCCCCUGGGUUCAAGUGAUUAUCCUGCCUCAGCCUCCUGAGUAGUUGGCAUUACAGGUGCCCGUGACCACAUCCAGCUAAUUUUUUUGUAUUUUUAGUAGAGACAGGGUUUCAUCAUGUUGGCCAGGCUGGUCUCCAGACCUCAGGUGAUCCACCCACCUCAGCGUCCCAAAGUACUAGGAUUACAGGCGUGAGCCACCAUGCCUGGCCAGUUUUUUUUUUUUUUUUUUGAGGCAAAGUUUCGCUCGUUGCCCAGGCUGGAGUGCAAUGGUGCGAUCUCAGCUUACCGUAACCUCCACCUCCUGGGUUCAAGCGAACUCUACCUCAGCCUCCAGUGUAGCUGGGAUUACAAGCAUGUGCCACUACACUCAGCUAGUUUUUUGUAUUUUUAGGAGAGAUGGAGUUUCUCCAUGUUGGUCAGGCUGGUCUUGAACUCCCGACCUCAAGCAAUCCUCCUACCUCAGCUUCCCAAAGUGCUGGGAUUACAGGCAUGAGCCACCGUCCCCAGCUGAUUAUUUCUUGAAAUCACUUGUCAAUCGUGAACCUGGCAGCUCCGACAGGUCAUAAUUUCAGAUUUUUUGGCUUGGGCUGUUUUGCUUUUGCCCAUUUGCAUGGCACUAAGUCUUCAUCCUUGUCACAGUGGCUUCUGAUGACUCCCAGUCCCCAUGGAAAACAUUCAGGGAGUGGCCAUCCAGGAAGAAGUCCCUCGCCCGUUCCACUCCUAUGCACCGAGUGUCCGUGUGCCACGCCCUGUGCUGGGGCAGGUCGUGUUCCCUCGGGCUGUGCCAGUUUGAGUUCUAAGUAACAAGACUCCACUGCUGAGUAGCAUCUGCCCUAUCGAAAAGGAAUCCAGUUUCUCCGGAAUUACAGUCCCACUGUUAACUUGGUGUCACUGGAAAGUCCCACCCAGUAAUCUGAGCAGUGACUCACGGAAAAACGAGGAACCCUUGUUCCAGCUUCUCUCCCUUUCCAGCAAGUGCAGAGGUCCCGCAGCCAGAGGUUAGCACCUGACCUGCUUCCAUGGCAGAUGGUCUCGGUUACAACUUGCUGCUUUCCCAAACCACAGCACCCCUCCUGCGUCUGGAGGGAUAGCAAAGCCCUGGGCAGCAGCAACCUUCCCUCUAGUAGCUUUUUCUAAGCAGUUUUCCUUUCCUCCGGAGUACCCUUUUCAUUUAGAGGAGUUUAAUAAAUGCUUUUAAAAAUUAA